AUGGCCGCCCCGCAUCCCGUGAUCCUAUGCGGCAAAACCGAAGUCAUCGGCGCCGUGGUCAUCGAGAGCUUGAAGCCUGAGUUCGAAGUGAUCCACUUCAUCCAAACCGUCUCCACCGGCAAGGCAAUCAUCCCCUCACUCCUGCGCGGCGAAGCGCCAAACCCCUCAUCAUCAACAUCCCCCAUUUCCAGUCUCGGCACCAAGAACUACUCGAGACCCCCCGUUGCUGUUCUCCUAGGCGCUGCGUUUGACGACGAGGGAGUCAAGGAGCUGAUGGAGGCUGCGAAGGGGACGAAAGAUGUGCCGUGGCUCAGACCGGAUACGAGCAAGCCUGCGCCGCCGCCUGGGCCGGAGUAUGGGCAGGCGAUGGUGAAGAGGAUUAAGGAGGCGGUGAGGGGGUUGGAGGAGAGGGGGGAGUUGGUGGGGAAUGGGGGGAUUGUGUGGUUUUGA